AUGAAUAUAAUUUUUUUUUUAAUUGAACAUACUACCACAUAUAAAUUUUAUAUAAUGGAAAAAAAAAAUAAGUUACUCUUAUUUAUUAAUAUCGCUACGUUUAUACCUUUAACAUGGAUAUGUCAUUUUAGCAAUGAAACUAUGACAUUUUAUGAAUCUUUGGGUGAAAAUUAUAAAAAUGACAAAAAAUUAAAUAAAAAGAAUUAUCGAUUAUUAGCAAAAUGUAAACAUAAUAAGGAUUCGUGUACUAUGGGGUUAAAAGAAGGGAUACCAAAUAAUGAUAUGAAAGAAAGAAAAGAUAUAUCUAAUAAUGAAAACAUAUUUGCACAAUUAAAUAGACAAUCAAAUAGAAGUUUAUCAAGGAAUAUAGAAAGGCACAAAAAAGAUAAGAAAAAUAAUUCUCGUAUAUUUGAAACAAAACAAUAUUCACGUUUCGAAAAAAAGAUAUUCAAGGAACUUGAUUAUGCUAACUUUCUUAAAAACAACAGGGGGAUUAGUAAUAGGAUUUACCACAAAAUAAUACGUAAAAAGUACGGAUUUCGAUUAGGUUUACCUAUAUUUUUUGUUUUGUUGUUAUCCAUAUUACUUUUACUAGAUUUAUUCGUGGGUUAUGGACUUAUAAAUGGUUUGUUUAAGGUUUUGAAUAUUAUCUCUGUAUCUUUGGGGUACGAAGCUAAAGGAAGUGUGAAAGCAGUACAAGAAAUGUUGAAACCUCUGCAUAACUGGUUGAUAAAUUCCCCUUUUAGUUCAUUCUUCAAAUCUGUUAAAGAAUUAAGUAAUGUGGGGGAUAAAGUAAGUAAGCAUUAUUAUAUAACAGGCUUCUUUGGUUUUCUGAUAUAUUUUAUACCCCUCUUUAUAAUAGGUGUUACAUGUAUAUUAAGGGUUUUUUACUACCAUAAAAAAGUUAAAAAAUAUGAAAAAAUUAAGUUCAAAAAAAGGUAA